AUGCCACAGUCAUCGCUCACAGCAUGGCUGCAGAAACCCGCCAUCACGGCUCAGAAGAACAAGACUGUCACUACGACUCCGACCCCUGAACACGACACUGAGACUGAAGAGACCAACCCACUUCCCAGCGGACACACAAACACACCGCCACCUUUUCAGGCUGAGCCCUCAGGGAGCUCAGUACCGAAGACUGUCACGCCCUCCACGACAGCCAAGCCAUGGAAAGCACCCUCGCCACACCUCCCGCAGAAUGUAGAGAUACGAGCAUGCACCAAAGCAGAUAUACCCGCUCUGAAACGUCUCAAUAGCGUCUUACUACCUCUUCCUUACCCGGAUAGCUUCUACCAGGCCAUCACUGCGGACCCAGUGACUUAUAACCUCACUCUCCUGGCGCUCUGGCACGACGAUCCCGCCAACUCUGGCAAGGAGAAAGGACGAUUGAUCGGAGCCAUACGCUGCCGAAUACUGCCCGAGACCCCACAAACAUCCAACCUCGAAGACAUGGAUGAGAAGAAGGACAUGCUUUACCUCUGCACCCUCACACUACUGUCUCCUUACCGUGGACAUGGCGUAGCAUCGCACAUGAUGCACACGCUACUCGUUCGAGCGGUAGACGCUUACGGCAUCACAAGCGUGGCGGCGCAUGUUUGGGAAGCAAAUGAGGAAGGCUUGGAGUGGUAUGCGAAGCGUGGGUUCAGAGUAGUCGGAACAGAAGCCAAUUACUACCGUAAGCUAGAUCCCAGUGGCGCGGUGGUCGUGCAGCGAGAAGUCAGGGUUACGGACUUGCUUCAUGGGUAA